UAAACAUGUAUGAGAACCACUGCACUGUUUAUAGAUCAGUGAUAAGAACACAUCGCGUUCGUCACAGUGUGAGCGUCACAGUUUGUAGCACUUUAUUCAGAAAACCAUUCAGAGCAUGUCUACACCAAAUUGUUCAGAGUUGGAUUUGGAGCUAGGAGACUUGCUGCAGGAGUUUAAUGAUGUAGUGAAGGAGAUGAGCACACCUCACACCUGUGAAAAUGUGCUGAGAGAUGUGAAGAGACGCACAGGACUGAGUGAUGGAGAAGAUUCAGAUUACUGCAGUGAGACGUCACUGGGAAACAGUUUGAAUGCCAGUGAAGAGGAUCUCAACAUCGUAGGCAUGACCACCGCUUCUAAAGCCAGGCUCGGGGACACCAGUGACCUACAGAGCUUCAUUGAAAACCUAGAUAGGGAGCUUGCAGAGAUGUGACAUGACAUGAUCGGAGAGGAGAGAGCACGUGCAGCUGAACACCUGGAGAGAUGGCAUUUAACUAUUAUCUCGGUUUCCUCUGACCAUCAAAAUGGAUGACACAAGGAAAUUAAGCUGUAUAAUGUUUUUUGGAAUAAUUUCUCCACCUAAUGACAGGUAUUGAAAUAGGAUUUACAGUGUCUUUGUAAUUUAUUGUGAUGUCUGGAAGAAUUUUGUACUUCUCAGAGGAUGUUUUAUUUGAAUAAAUAGCCAUGAUUUCUAAUUUAAUAUAAAGAGCACAUUGCAAGUUAUAAUUUUUUUUUAUGAAGGAUUAUUUUAAAAAUGGCUAUUUUUCACUUUUUUCAUAAAGAAAUUGUAAAAUAUAUCAAUGGUUUAAUGUCUAACAUAUUGCGUGAUAUUAAUUGUACCUUAUGAAGGACUUUUG